GGCAGCGCGGUCCUUCCGCCCCGCACAGCCUCGCCCCUCGCCCGGAGAGCGGCGGCCGCCCGAGCCCCGCGCCCCCGAGCCGCCCAUGGCCCUCAUCAUGGAACCCGUCAGCAAGUGGUCGCCGAGCCAGGUCGUCGACUGGAUGAAAGGUCUGGAUGAUUGCCUGCAGCAAUAUAUAAAGAACUUUGAGAGAGAGAAGAUUAGUGGUGACCAGCUAUUACGAAUUACUCAUCAGGAGCUGGAAGAUCUUGGAGUCACGCGAAUUGGCCAUCAGGAGCUUAUCUUGGAAGCAGUAGACUUACUCUGUGCACUGAACUAUGGUUUGGAAACAGAAAAUCUAAAAACCCUGUCUCACAAACUGAACGCAUCUGCCAAAAAUCUGCAGAACUUCAUUACUGGGAGAAGGAGGAGUGGUCACUAUGAUGGACGGACCAGUCGCAAAUUACCGAAUGAUUUUCUGACAUCAGUAGUGGAUCUGAUUGGAGCAGCUAAAAGUCUUCUGGCUUGGUUGGACAGAUCACCUUUUGCUGCUGUCACAGAUUACUCAGUAACAAGAAAUAAUGUCAUACAACUCUGUCUGGAACUAACAACAAUAGUACAACAGGAUUGCACAGUAUAUGAAACAGAGAACAAAAUCCUUCAUGUGUGUAAAACUCUUUCUGGUGUCUGUGACCACAUUAUCUCACUCUCUUCUGAUCCGCUGGUUUCGCAGUCUGCCCAUCUUGAAGUGAUCCAGCUUACAAACAUCAAGCCAAGUGAAGGGCUGGGUAUGUACAUUAAGUCAACAUAUGAUGGUCUUCAUGUAAUUACUGGAACAACAGAAAAUUCACCUGCAGAUCGGUGCAAGAAAAUCCAUGCUGGGGAUGAAGUGAUUCAAGUUAACCACCAAACUGUGGUGGGGUGGCAGUUGAAAAAUUUGGUGAAUGCACUACGAGAGGAUCCGAGUGGUGUUAUCUUAACUUUGAAAAAGCGACCUCAGAGCAUGCUUACCUCAGCACCAGCUUUACUGAAAAAUAUGAGAUGGAAGCCCCUUGCUCUGCAGCCUCUUAUUCCUAGAAGCCCUACAAGCAGUGUUGCUACUCCAUCCAGCACUAUAAGCACACCUACAAAAAGAGACAGCUCUGCCCUUCAGGAUCUCUACAUACCCCCUCCUCCGACAGAGCCUUAUGUUCCAAGGGAUGAAAAGGGAAAUCUCCCCUGUGACGAUGUUGGCAGACAUAUAGUGGGCAAACCGGUUCAUACAGGAUCUGAAUCUCCAAACUCAUUUCUGGACCAGGAAUAUCGGAAACGCUUUAAUGUGGUUGAAGAAGAUGCAGUUUUGUACUGCUAUGAGUAUGAGAAAGGAAGAACAAGUGGUCCUGGAAGGAGAGAGAGCACACCGACAUAUGGGAAGCUGAGGCCUAUUUCUAUGCCAGUAGAAUAUAACUGGGUGGGAGAUUAUGAAGACCCCAAUAAAAUGAAAAGAGAUACUAGGAGAGAAAAUUCAUUGCUUCGCUAUAUGAGCAAUGAGAAAAUUGGUCAAGAAGACUACAUGUUUCAAAGGAAUAGCAAAAAGGAUACUGGGAAGAAGUCCAAAAAGAAAGGAGACAAGAGUAGUAGUCCAAGUCAUUACUCGCUGUUGCCUAGUUUACAAAUGGAGUCAUUGAGGCAAGAAGUCAUGGGCACACCUGGACCAGAAACUGCUUUGUACCAUACAUUUCAGCAGUCUUCUCUACAGCAGAAAAGUAAAAAGAAGAACAAAGCUCCUAUUGCUGGUAAAAGCAAAAGACGAAUCUCAUGUAAAGAUCUUGGUCGAGGGGACUGUGAAGGCUGGCUUUGGAAAAAGAAAGAUGCCAAGAGUUAUUUCUCCCAAAAAUGGAAAAAGUACUGGUUUGUCCUGAAGGACACGUCUCUGUAUUGGUAUAUUAAUGAAGAGGAUGAAAAAGCAGAAGGAUUCAUCAGUCUACCUGAAUUUAAAAUUGACAGAGCCAGUGAAUGCCGCAAGAAAUAUGCAUUCAAAGCCUGCCAUCCUAAGAUCAAAAGUUUUUAUUUUGCUGCUGAACAUCUAGAUGAUAUGAACAGAUGGCUCAACAGAAUUAACAUGCUUGCUGCUGGCUAUGCAGAAAGAGAGAGGAUCAAACAAGAGCAAGAUUACUGGAGCGAGAGUGACAAGGAGGAAGCUGACACUCCGUCAACACCGAAGCAGGACAGCCCCCCGCCCCCAUAUGACACGUACCCGCGGCCACCUUCGAUGAGCUGCACAAGCCCCUACGUGGAGCCCAAGCACAGCCGCCUCUCGUCCACGGAGACGUCCCAGUCGCAGUCGUCGCACGAGGAGUUCCGCCCAGAGGUGGCCGGGAGCACCACCGAGUCCCCGGUGCGCAAGACCGCGAGCCAGCGGCGCUCCUGGCAGGACCUCAUCGAGACGCCGCUCACCAGCUCGGGACUGCACUACCUGCAGACGCUGCCGCUGGAGGACUCCGUGUUCUCCGAGGUGGCCGUGGUGUCCCCCGAGCACCGGCGGCAGUCCACCUUGCCCACCCAGAAGUGCCACCUGCAAGACCACUACGGCCCCUUCCCCCUCGUGGAGGGUGAGCGGAUGCAAGCGCUGAACGGGAACGGGGGAAAGCCCCGAAGUUUCACUCUGCCUCGGGAUAGCGGCUUCAACCACUGCUGCCAGAGCCUCUCGGUCGGUGCUGCCGACCACCAUGAAGAAGCGCAGCAGAAGGAGGUUGAGGAGGAGGAGGAAGAGGAAGGCAAAGCAGCAGAAGAAAACCAGGAAGAUAAAAUUGAAACUAUAGAGGAAAAAACAGCAGACUCCUUGCAAGAUUUGUACAGAGCCUUGGAGCAGGCCAGCCUGUCUCCUUUAGGAGAACACCGGAUUUCCACUAAGCUGGAGUAUAAGAAAUCUUUUAUAAAGAGAUGUAGCGAUCCAGUAGUCAAUGAAAAACUGCACCAGCUGCGAAUUCUGAAAAGCACUUUAAAGGCCAGGGAAGGAGAAGUAGCCAUUAUAGAUAAAAUUUUGGAUAAUCCAGCGUUGACGUCUAGAGACUUUCAAGAAUGGAAACAAAUGUACCUUGAUCUCUUCAUGAACGUCUAUGAAAGCAGCCCCUCAAGGGACUCUGUUAAUGGCUCGUCUGAGGUUGAAACACUUAUAGCCUCGUUAGCACACACUCACUCUUACAUAGAAACACAUGUAUAAAAGUCUCUCUUUUUGUCCAUUUGCUACACUCCAGCCCUUUACUUAAGUGCAUAAAGUAGUUUUUAUAUCAAUAUGUGAGAGCUCUAGUAAAUUAUAUAUUUUAAUGUUACUCAGCUGUGUGAAACCUUCAAUGGUCAACGAUACCACUUCUUUAAUGAGGAUUUGUAUAUUUUAUAUGCUACCAACGCUCUGUUUGUGUUUACCUUCUGUGAAUUAAAAAACAUGAUCUUUAGCUAUUGAAGAAAUGGAUUUAAAAGAAUUUUUGGAAGACUGUGGCCUUCAUGCAGGAAGUUCCACAUGCUAAAGCUUUUGUUAUCAAAGGUCAGUUUUACAAUGAUAUUUUAUAUUAUAUAAUUCCAGUAUUGCAUUGCAUUUUUGGAGUGCAGGUACUGUUUUGGUGGUGGGAGAAAAACAAUUUUUAUAUUUCAUGAGAAACUCUAGGAGUUUUCUUAAAUAACAGGGAAAAAGUGUAAUGCAGUGGUUGUGUUUCAGUUUUGUCAAACACAUAAAAGGGUGAAAACAGGCAGACAAAAACAUGACUAAUGUGAAUUUAAGUGUCAAAAGGUUAGGUCUUAUUUCCUUGUGCUUUUUUAAAGCCUGUUGCUAAGGUUUACCACCAGUGCAAAGGAAUGCUGGUUUGUAUUAUAAUUAAGACCAAAUUGUGUAUUGUCUGUUAAUCACAUUAGGUUGAUUAAAAAAAAAAAAAAUAGUCAUGGUACUGUGAUUGAUGAUGCUUUUGCACUGAAGGUAUCAGUAUAAUGUGCAGAUUUUGCAAGAGAGAAAAUGUAGACUUUCAACAUCCUUGGUAGCAGCAUUUCUUUAGCCCAGAACAGCAGCAGUAGAAAAGCUUUCCAGUGAAAUUCUUCAAAUCUGGGAUGCUUUGAAGAUUCCCACAAUAGAAAAGGAGUGAAUCGGACUUUUCAAGUAGUUUCCUAUGUGUUUUCUGAGCUGUGAGAUUUGGCUGUAUUGUGUGCAGGGAUGAGAGCAGAGUUGAGCACAGAACCUGAAAAAUAAUCGAGGAGUAAAAAAGCCUGUGGUUUGCUUUUGAAGGGGAAGGGAUGUCUCUGGGUUCUGCAGAGUUCACAAGCCAAUUAAAAUGUUUUAAACUUCCAUGGGAUUUGUUAUCUGUUGAAGACAACCCAGUGAAUAUGAGGGGAAAUAGAUCCUUAGAGUUAGGCACAUGCCGGAAAUAAAAGUGGGAGGGAACUUUUAAAUCAUGUAUUUAAUUUUUAUGGGCUUAAUUUUGAAAAAUGUUACGAGCAUGACAAAAUAUUUCUGCUGCUCUUCAGUAUUUUGCUGCUUAAGUUACGAUUCAUGAUAUGAUUUAAUAAUGCUCAUGUGGAAAGGAAAAGCUUCCUUUAUACUUUAGUGAGUUGUACUCUUAACCAACCUGAGACUAUUGCCUGUACAGCUCCAUGAAUGUACUUUAAACCUUAUGAACUCUGAUAUUUCCUGGCAGUUAUAUCCAUGAAGGGAUGAAGGAAAGAAUGGACAGAUUUAUUUUCUCCUUUCAUUCUUUUUCUUUCUCUUUCUUUCUUUCUUUCUUUCUUUCUUUCUUUCUUUCUUUCUUUCUUUCUUUCUUUCUUUCUUUCUUUCUUUCUUUCUUUCUUUCUUUCUCCUUCUUUCCUUUCCUUUCCUUUCCUUUCCUUUCCUUUCCUUUCCUUUCCUUUCCUUUCCUUUCCUUUCCUUUCCUUUCCUUUCCUUUCCUUUCCUUUCCUUUCCUUUUUUUCUGUCUUGACCCCCUUUCUCAUUUUCUUUCUUUUCCUCUUUCUACCCCUCAUUUUCUGUCUUGUUACUGCAUUUGGAUUGCAAAUGUUCUGCAGAUUUUGCACAACUGUAUAGAAGAGUGGCCUUUCUGUAGCCCAUUUUCAGUGAUCCUAUAUUCAAGUCGUAUGGAUGACAAAUCAUGUAUUGACAUUUGUAUAGAAUUCUGGAUCCAGUGUAAGAUUUGUACCAUUAGAAGAAUACUGUUUGUAUAAACUGGACAUAUAUCUCCUGCAUGGGUACUGACUUGUAUAUUAAAUUUGUGAGGUUUUUGUAAAUUUCUCUUUAAAAAUGCUUGACUUGAAAUGGAUUGUGCUAUUGUUCCAAGCAUUUAGAUUCUCUUGCUAUUGUUUUACUGGACCAAAAGUAAAUAUAUUCAUAUGAAAAACUCUUUAUAUCUGAUGGAUGUAUAUGCACAUUGUGUAGUUGAUUCCUUGUCAAAACCAAGGCAGUUCAGAAGACUUAGAUCUGUUGCUAUGCAACAGCCAUUCUGCCUGCACUUUACAUUAGUAAAGUUAGCUUGAUUGCUUUAAAGGUGAAAAUUAAACAUUACAGUUUUUUAAGCUAGUCUAGUGACAAAGAACAUGUGUCCUCUCCAUUGUGCUGCCUUCUUUUAAGACUAUUAAAUGUUCUUCUAUAUAUAUUUUUAUUGUAUUAACUCUCAGCCUAGAAAGGGAACACUGUAAAAUGAA